CUCAACCAUCUUUUGAAUACAACCCUGAACCAACCCAACCCACAAACCAUACAUCUCUCUCUCUACACCUGUUUUAGAGAGAGAAACCUCUCCCCAAAAUAUGAAAAACAUGAAGCUUACUAUGAACAACACUCAACUUUUAUUAAACCAAAAACAUUAUCAAGUGUACAUUAAGAUUGCUAUAUGUUUAUUAGUAAUAUGGUUUACGUAUCACUUCUAUUCCUCAACUUCAAUUCAGUUUUCCUCCGUCAUUGUUACCAACGGCGACCACAAACUGCCACCGCCACUGCCGCCGGCUAAUCCGACACUAUUUGACCAAUUCCCGGUCAACAAUACCGGAAUUCCCCAAGGUUCGCUGGAGUGUGAUAUUUUUACUGGAGAAUGGGUUAGGGAUAGGGCCGGUCCACGGUACACCAACAACAGCUGCAACACCAUUGAACAUCAUCAAAAUUGUAUGUACAACGGUCGGCCUGAUACCGACUACAUUUACUGGCGUUGGAGUCCUUUCGGUUGCGAGUUACCCACAUUCGACGCGAAGUUGUUUCUUCAAUACAUGAGGAACAAAUCAAUGGCGUUUAUUGGAGAUUCGAUUUCCCGGAAUCACGUGCAGUCGUUGCUUUGCAUUCUCUCACAGGUUGAAGAAGCAAUUGAGGUAUACCAUGAUGAAGAAUACAGAAGCAAAAGAUGGUUCUUUGGAUCUUACAACUUCACACUUUCAGUGAUCUGGUCACCUUUUCUUUUGAAAGCGGAUAUAUUCGAGGAUAACGACGGGCAUUCGUCGGGUGCAAUCGAGCUUCAUCUCGAUGAGCUUGACUCAGUUUGGGUUAACGAGUUCACUAACUUCAACUACAUCAUGAUUUCAGGUGGCAAAUGGUUCUUAAAAACCGCGGUAUACUACGAUAACAACACGUUAAUCGGGUGUCAUAGUUGUAACAAAGAAAAUGUAACAGAAAUCGAGUUCAAUUACGCGUAUCGCAAAGCAAUACGUGCAGUUCUCGAUUUCAUCAUGAAAUCGGACCACAAAGUGUACACGUUUUUCCGGACCACAACACCCGAUCACUUCGAGAACGGGGAAUGGAACACCGGAGGGUAUUGUAACCGAACGGGCCCGUUUAAAAGCGGAGAGGUUAACAUGAGGGAUGUUGAUAAGACAAUGAGAGAUGUUGAGUUGGAAGAGUUUGAGAAUGCUAAAGAGUUAAUGAACGGGUCGGUUUUGAGAUUGUUUGAUACGACCCGUUUGUCGUUGUUGAGGCCCGAUGGUCACCCAGGCCCCUACCGCGCGUUCCAUCCGUUUGACGGGAAAGAUAGGAACGCAAAAGUUCAAAAUGAUUGUUUGCAUUGGUGCUUGCCCGGCCCGAUAGAUUCAUGGAACGAUUUAAUGAUGAAUUUAUUGCUUCAGGGUUGAUGAACAUAAAAACAAUAAUUAGCAUCAAAGAGUUAUUGAAUGGGAAGAAAAGAGAUUGGAUUCAUUUCUUAUUUAAUGUGUCACAUUUUUAUAUUUUAUACAUUAGAUGCAAAUUGGCCCAUAGUAUAAUUAUUUGUAUUGGUAAGGUCAACACAAGUGGUCAUGGACCC